UUUCCUCGGUUUUUGGAGCUACCUCAAAAGGCAUUACGCAUCGUUUUCAAACAACUAGACGCUCUUCACAUAUUCGAGUUGUCCCAAAUGUCGACGGAAGUGAUCGCAUUGAUCAACCCUGAUCACCACACAUUCGAUCACAUUGAGGCCAACAUUUCAAGAAAGAAUAAGUCAAUCGCUUGUUACAAUAAUUGGCAGACGAUUCCACCGCUCAAUUUCAACUUCAAUUCAAAACCUGCAAUUUUCAAAAUAUCUGUAAAAUUUGGAGAUCUACGAUUGCCGAUAAACUACGACCCGGAAACGGCUACACAUGCUCCACGGACAAAUAUGAGGACUGCUUACAAUCCUGUCUCGACGUUUUCGCCACGAUUCAGUUGCCGUGGUGAAAUUGCAGUGGUCAAUUUGAACGAAUGUUCCUUGAAAAUGAGACAACACACUGAUCAUCAAAUUUUUAACAAGAACCUCGUGACGAAAUUGUGUGAAGAUGUACAAAGAUUAGGGAGCAACCACGGAAAUCUGCAAUCGUUUUUCCCAGACUAUGUGCUUUUGGAGGGAAUUGUCGCUAACAUUCAUUUCCUUGAAGAGGAAUUUUAUCCGAGCGAGGAAACGUUGUUUUUGCUGUCUGAAACUGCUGAGAAGUUUAAAAAAAAACAUGUUCCAAGAAAACUUUUUUUUUGCAGAUCUUCACCCGAAAUCGUGUGUGUGCAUCAUGGAUGCAAAAUGGGUCACUCUUAACCAUCUCAAGUAGCUCAAAUUUAUUCGACUCGUGCUGUACGAUUCCAAGCUAACAGAAAGAGACGUGAACGAGUUCAUCAAGUUCUGGCUCAAUGGAAAAUGGUUACGAUUGCACAGAUUUGAGAUUCGCCACACUAGUCGAAGAGGAUUUGAUUUAGAAGUUCUGAGAUCGGGAUUAAAUGUGAAGAAAUGGAAUAAAAAUCCCAGAAAUAGAUGUUAUAUAAUGAACUGUCAUCAAAAUCCCUAUGUCUUGAACACACAUAAAGACCUUGAUGUGAUUAAACCUGGCGGACCGCUUGCAACGAUUGUAAAUAGACUUGAUACAUUUCGGUUUAUUGUCUGGCCCGAUCCUCCCAUUGAGCUUAACUAUCGUACAAGAUCUGAUCCUAUUGCUCAUAAUUUCUUUUUAAAUACUUUUUGUAGUGAUGCGGUAGCCCCUUAG